UAUUUGUUUUUGGGUUUGUUUCUUUCCAGAAAUAAGAAGAAAGAAACAGGAAUAAUAUAAUAUUGGACAGUUAAUUAUUUAUCUUGGAGUGUUAUAUUUAUUCAAGGCAUCCAAGAGAAUUAGGUACUUAAUUGAUUGAUUACCUGAUUGAAUUUCUUUGAUUUCUCCGAAAGAAUUUGUUUUUUUUUUCCUGGGGCUUUGGAUGUUUUCUUGAAUUUUACCACUUUGGUCGUGGCUUCCACUCAAAUUUUCAUUUAAUUUAAUUUUUUGGGUAGAAAAAUGACCAAAAGCAGCUUCAAGCAAGCACAUGAGUUUGAGAAGAGACGUGCUGAGUCUCACUCCGGCAUUCAGCCCUCAGUUCCUCUCAUGAUCUCUCACACCCUCUCUUUAAUUUCAGAACAAUAUGAAGCAGCUCGAGCUCUCUGUGCAUUGAAUCAAUGGCAGUCAUUUAGAGGUACAAUUUACAUUCUGGAAUUCAUGAUUCAAUUGGAAACCACAAUGACAUAUCAACGUGUGUUGGAUAUUCAUACGAAACAAGCAGUACUAGAAACAGUUGCAAGAGUAAAGUCGAAGAAAAAUUAGACGAAAGAUGAAAAGUACAUGCUUCUAACUUAAAUUCAGUACAGUUUUUCAUAUAUUCUCUGACAAUGCCUUCAUAAUAUCAAAUUUUAAAUCAAAAUAUCCAGUGCUGCAACUAGACUUGAUGUAAACUUACUGGCUCAUUACAGUUUUGUUAAGUUCAUUUGUCUUCUCCUAACAAAAAAUGCUGAUUUUGAACUCAUCUACUGGUUUCAUUCUAGAUUAAUAUCAGAUUUAGUGGUCGUUAUUGUAUCUGCAACCUGUGGUGGCAUUGCCUUUGCUUGCGCUGGACAACCGACCUGAUACAUACAUUCAUAAGUACAUACGCGUGUACAUAUAUUUCCAAACUUAUUGAACUUAUAGAGAAAACUUAAUGCUAUGAUCUUACUGAAUGUUCAUAUUCUGCUUCCUUCAUACCAAAACUUGACAUGUUAUUAGUGAAUAUUUGCUAGCUGGAUCCAUUAUGGACCUUGGAGGUUUCAACUUCGUCAGUGAAAUGGUUCAAAUAUGUUUUACCCUGCACUUUUAUUAUCCAAGAAGAAAUUCUUCAAAUCCAAAAGUGUGCGUAUAUAUAUUCAGGGUAUGGUUGCUUCCUCCUCCAAAACCAAAAGUGUACUUAUAUAUAUAAGCAACAGGAAGAAUUGCUCAGAUACCUGUAAGUGAGGCUUUUUUAGGUUGUAUUAUAAAUGCAUUGGCUAAACCUAUUGAUGGUUGGGGUGAAUUGCCACAUAUGAAAUUGAGCACAAUUUUGCAUAGCCCACUUGUUUCUCGAGAAGAGAUGAGAAACAUGCUCAAUUUUCAUGCCUUUGAUGUUUUGGUUCUUUCUGAACCUAGAAUUAGUGUAUCCAAAGCUUUGGACGUUGUCAAGACUUUGGGCUUUUCUGGUAGCUUCAUAGUUGAUGCAGUGGGUUUUUCUGGGGGUUUUUACACUACUAAUUUGUUAGUACUAGGGAAAUAGUUGAUUUUUCUACGUG